UAACAAUGAGGACUUCCUUUGGAUAGUUUCUCGCUGCAUUUCUCGUUAUUCCAGUUUAUAUCGGGACAUUUUAAAUGGAUGAUGGCCUCGUGUCUUGCUCCCGCCGUUCCUACUGCUGUUGCGACAUUCCUCUCCACAUUGCUGCCCUGUGGCUUCGCUGUUGGGCCUUCAAUGUCCUGUAAGGGACGACUUGGACUGUGGUGGGUUGGCCGAGCUCUGCAGGUUGGAUACCUGCUGGGGAAAGAAGGGGACACAGAAUGGGUGCAAAAGUUUGAGACUGGCCCACUGCCUCCCCAGGAUCUGAUCAUGACUCCGGAAUCCAUAACAGACAGCACAAGAGAAGAAAAGGCACGUAUGCAAAUAGCAGAGAACAAUGAUGUUCCACGGCACAAAGCUGUCUGGAUCAACUUUGCCUGCCAGGUGCAAAGCAAAGCUCUGCACAAUGUGGCAGUGCAAUGUACGUGUGCAGAGAUGUGUGUGGGCAAGUGUGUGAGUAUAUGUUUGCGUGUGUGUCAUGAGAUCCAGCCAGGAACGGAACUGUUGUUGGGUGGUGAAAUUGAGAGAAGAAGUGAUGCAAGAGACAGACUUGAUGUACAGGACAUCUCUGAAGGACAACAAAGAGAAUACCCAGUGAAAUUAUUAAGGGGUCCAGAAAAGGAUGUGACCAACCCACAGAUUAUUCAGGAAAGACAAGAUGACCAGACAGAUGAAGAGGAAGGACGGGACAAAGAACCUUAUGAACUCUCAAAGAUUCACUCAGCCACACUCAGUCUUAACAGAGGUAGCGCUGUAGUUAACACUGCAGCUAAAGUAGUCAGUACUGUUAUGAUAUCAAAUGACCACACUGACAGUACCGACAGUGUCAUGGCUGCAGUGCACACUCGGUUAAAGUUGAACUCUACGGAGAGGCAGAGAACCUUAGGUGGCCCAGCUCCUUCUGUCCGCUGUAGCUCUCGCCUGGCUGCCAAACCACGACAGGUUCACUGUCUGAGCAGCCGAAUAAAGGAACCCCCUGUCCACCCACUCCCAAACAGACAUAUAGAUAGGCAGGAGAGUCUCACAGAGGUUGCCAAGUCGUCUGCAGAAACAGUGCUUUCUAUGGGAACAUCAGAUUCUGACACUGUGGCUGUUAGAGCAGCAAAUUUGACAGUUGACGCUCCCACUUGCUGCCCAAAAGUGAGAGAGAGGCGUUACCGGUGUUCCAGUUGUGGGAAGAAGUUCUACGAGAUUUCCCACUUAAAGAAACACCAGUUGAGUCACACAGAAGCUAAAUCCUUCACCUCUCAGGACUGUGGCAAAAACCAUACCUCUGCAGAUAACCUCAAGGCCCACCAGUUGAGACACCGUGGAGAGCGUCCAUUUUCCUGUCCCCACUGUGAGAAGACCUAUGGCUUGCCGCGGAACCUCAAAGAGCACUUGUUCUUACACACAGGAGAGAAGCCAUAUGUCUGUGAGCACUGUGGCAAGACCUUUGCACGUCGCUCCUCGCUGCGCGACCACCGUCUCCUUUACUGCAGUGGAUUGAUUUACACACAGCCUCCAAAGUUGCAGUGUACCCUCUGCCCCAAGCUCUUGGCAAACUCUGGUUCUCUGAGUAAUCAUAUGAAGCUCCACACAGGAGAGAAACCUCACAUCUGUCAGCACUGUGGAAAAAGUUUCAGUCAAAAAGGGAACCUUAAUAGCCAUUUGCGAAUUCACAAUGGAGAGAGACCAUUUCCCUGCCCUGAAUGUGACCAGAGGUUCGCUCAGAAAGCUGAGCUUUGCCGUCACAGGCUUUCCCACACCGGGGCCAGUUUCCUCUGUAGUUACUGUGGAAAAUCCUUAAGGGAUCCGCAUACCCUCAAGUCCCACGAAAGAUUGCACACUGGCGACCGGCCCCAUCGUUGCACCAUCUGUGGAAAAGGUUACACGAUGGCCACAAAGCUGAGGAGACACAUCAAAUCUUCACACGUGACAGAGAAGCCCUACAGGUGCCACUGCGGUGCUUCCUACACUCUGAGACAAAGUCUAUUGAGGCAUCAAGUGCAGCACCAAUCACAGGAGGAAACAGAGGAGGAGCUCAAGGAAGCAUUGAGGCAGAAGGCUAAACCAGCUAUGCAAGAAUAUGCAGCAGUAAACUCUCAUCACCCAAAGCCAGUCAAAGGUAGACCCAAGAAAGGAGCUGAGGAUGGCAGAGUACAAAGAAGAAGACGAGGAAAGGGAGAAGAAAAGGGGUCAGGAAAACUUGUAAGGAGAUCUGAGACUGCAAUUGCGGCUGGAGGAGAUAGAAAAGCUUCAAGUGACACCCAGCACGCUGUUGUAUUUGUUCACACUGACAAUACAGCUACACCAAGGUACGGCCCUCUGCUGCUCACCUCAUUGAACUUGCAUUCAGGAACAGGACAGGAGCUGUUCGAGGUGGUGAUCUCAGAAGGUGCGGAGCAGUGCUUUGUUGUCCAGGGGCAGCAGACAGUAGGAGAUCUGAUGAUCGUACAAGAGGAGGAGCUCUGUUCCGUGGCCCAGACAGUUGAGAUAAACACUUUGUAGCUUUAAAUAACUUACAUUAUGUGUUGAACAAACAACAUUAGACAGAAAUUGCCUUUUGAUUUAAUAUAUUAGUGCUACAUUUGAUGCCCACCGAAAGUGUAAUAUUCCCCCCCCCCCCUCAAACAAUACAGUAUUUCAACAACUGCAAAGUUUGGAAUACAUGACGAGCACUUUUCUUAAAAAUAUUAAUAUCUGUCGUAUGCCUGUAAUUUGUUGUAUUUGCGCCACUGAAAAGCAGAGGAGGCAAAAGUACUCACACUGUACUGAAGUAGAAGUAGAUAUGUUUGUGUAAAUUAAGACUGGUUAGAGUAGAAGUACAGCAUUCUGAUACCUAAGUACAAUUGAUAAAGUACAGAAACUAAAAUGUACAAAAAAUACAAACGUAAAAAAUAUGUUUUACUGUCAAUUAUAUG